UCACUAUCAAAAAUAGAGAAAGUGAGAAGAAACAUUUCGAAUCCUAAUCCAGCGGCCAGUUUUUGCGACAGGAGAGAUUGCCGGAUUUCCUGGGGUUGGCUAGCAAUAAGCCAGUGUCAGCUACUUACAGACCUGGUCUAUGGAAGCAGCGGAUUUGGGAGGAGUUUGGUAGAAAAGAAAUCACACAUACGAGUCAGUGUCACUAUUAUAAUGCGAUAUAAGUUGGAGUAAAAUACUCGACUGAAUUAGUCUAAUGGCACAGAAGGAGAGUUAAACAUUUCAGCAUCAGGCAACAACAGCAACACAACACAAAUAACAGCACUUAUCUUGUUACCAUCCGUCGACAAACUUACUCCAGUCUAUAUUCUUACGCUUAUGAUACUCUUAAAGAACAGCAGAAGCAGCCCGGGGGCACAUCAAGGAGCUCUGGCAUUCUCAUUCUUUUCUUCCUAUUCCUCUUUUUGUUUUUUGAAGUUAUGCUGGUUGCAGUUGGUAUGUGCAGCCUCCAUCAACUGCCAUCUCCUUCCGACCGCAUCACCACCUCAACAUUACGUCACAGUUCAACGGCAGUACAUUUCAGCCAAGAAACAUUACGUCACAGAUCAGGAACAUUACGUAACAUCUCCCCAUCAGACAGGGGCCAAUAGUAGCCGUAGUAUUUCUGGUGAGAGUGAGGAGGAGGGGAGAUUUAUGGACUUCCUAUUGAAUGAGAAACUAAGUGGAUCCAGUGAAGUGGAAAAACAAAUUAACCAGAGUCCUUUCAACGUCAUGUUUGCCCGAGCAGCCCACAAUACCCAACAGCACUCAUCAUCACCAUCAGAUACAAUAACUAAUAACAACCACCGCAAUCGCUCGCCUGGAUUCCUUUCUUCUUCUUAUCCUUGUACUUUUUGUUGUUGUUAUUGUUAUUUUCUUGGUUGUUGUUGUCGUCGACCGCUGCAUUUGAAUGCAUGCAAUCGUUGUCCAAGGCUUAGAAUACCACCAUCAGCGGUGAACCCCGAUUCAUUAGAAAAAAAGUUGAAGAGUAUAUUGAGAAAAGAUAAAACAUUUUCACGGUGGUUUUCAGAAGCCAAUUUUAAUUGGGAGUAUAGUCUUACCAACAAAAAUUUCUACCAUUUCUGUAACUGUUCCUUUUUCGGAGAAUCCCCAUUAUUACAAACCUACACUUACAUACUCUUUUCGACGCCAAAUUGGCGUCAAAAGUGUGAAGGAAAAGCCGAUACCCUAGCGAAAAAGCGAGGGAAUGCAGUCCCGUUGGCGUCAAAGCUAAUUAAAAUAACAGUAACCCCCCUUGUUACCCGCUGUCCUUCUGUACCAGAUCACCAUUUAUUCUAUUGUCGUCAUCAAGUUAAUCUAUCAUUACCAGGGGUACUGUUGCAAAAACAGAUUAUUGAUUGCUGUUUAUACCAAUUCAAUUAUGGUAGAAACAAACAUUUUGGCUGCAAGUGCCAAUUAAGUAUUCUGUUUAUUAAGUCUAGCCGCAGUGAUUUGACCACAAAAUACCUUGAGGCUCUGACAACAUCCCAAACACUGCCUCCAAAUCGCAUCCCCAGAACUCUAUUAUCGCUACCGGGUUUUAAACCAAUAGCAAGUAAACAUUUAACGUUUCACAAACGAAGGAGAGAGGACGUUUUAUCAAAAUCAAAACCUACCAACAGAUUUAAAAAAGCAGCUGCAUUUUGUUUUAAUGGUAGUUAUGAUGAGAAUACUGUAGAUGUAAUCCCUAAAAUUAACCAAUCACAGAAAGAAAAAAGAGUGGUUCUAAAACGAGACGUUUCAUACAAGCAAGAGAGACGUUGAUCGAAACUUCUAUCAUAAUUUAAUUGAUUCGUCGAAGGGAAAUCAUUUCGAAGAAGUCUUAGAAGAAGAAAUUGCUUUGAAGCGGCCAUUGCGGUCAGUUGCAGAUCACAAUUUGUUCAAAAGAUCUUCGUCAUCAUCAUCAACAACACGUAACACUUUAUCGACAGUUGACCAUUUCGAAACUCUUAACAACUACAUUCGAGACGCUGAAAUUGUAUCGAGAAUAAUAAGUGAACAAACUUCAUCUUUACGAAAUAGUAGUUAUUAUAACACGCCUUUUGUCAUAAGUAAUAAUCGGAGUGUUAACUACUGUUGUCAAAAUUGUGAGAUCGAGACUGGAGUUAUUUGGGAGAAAUAUUUGUCGACUGUAGUUGUGGUGCCCUCUGAAUUGCCCCUGAAGAUGACAUAUUACGGUCCCAGUCAGUUUAAACCUCCAGACGAACUUCUUUACCAAUUUGGACAAACAUCUGAAGAAGUUGCGGCAGACAGCGAGGAACCCUACUACAGUACUAUGGCUUCAGUGGUCAUAAUCUGUGUGGCCAUACUUCUCAUCAUAGUGACCAUAAUCGGCAACCUGUCAGUGGUGAUCGCCUUUUUCCAGGACAAGCGACUGCAGACUCCCUCCAACUACCCCCUCAUAUCUCUGUCUGUCUCUGAUCUGCUAGUCGGCUGCUUCAUAUUUCCCUGUUCCGUAGUUUACAAAACCACUGGCAACUGGUAUUUGGGCAGACCCCUGUGUGUGGUGUGGCUGUGCUGCGACUACAUGGCAACAUCAACUUCAGUAUUCGCACUCAUCAUGAUCACAUUCGACAGAUACUUGACAAUAACGAGACUGCAAAGUCAGGACUCCCCCUCGAAGAAGGGGGCUGCUGUGGGCAUGAUCUGUGUGCUGUGGCUCAUCCCCGCCCUCACCUACAUCCCCAUCACUGUCUUCUGGCCACUACUCGACUCCUCUUUCUCCGUCCAGGCAUUGUCGUGUGAUGAAGGCUGGAUCACAUUCAUGCCCUUUGUGCUCCCAGUGACCAUCUUCAUGACCUACUGUCCCCUUCUCUGCCUCAUCUUCUUCAAUGCCAAAAUAUUCAUCACUCUCAGAACAAACGCAAAGGCGGUGGAGAAGUCUGAGAGUAAGUCUUCGGGUGGAGGUGGACAAGAGGGGGGACCCGGGACACCCACGUUCGCAGGCAAAGCCAGGGCUGUGCUCGCAAUCAUCAGAACCCGCAAACUGGCCAGAGAGUCCAGAGGAGCAGCAGGGGAGGAGGAGAGAGGGGUCACCGACCCAGAGCAGGCAAAAGAAUUAGCCGAGAAAAGCAAAGCACUCGAAAGAGAACUACAAGCCAAGCGCAUCAGCACUUUCAAGUCCAAUUUGAAUCAUCGCAAAUUGGGACCCCAAAAUAAAAGCAACGUCUGGGACAGAUUCGCCACUUCGGUUGCCGCAGCCAGAAGACAAAGUAAUCUGGACGAAGAGUUAAGUCCAGUGGUCAAAAAUGCACCCAUUAUAUUCUCAACCAGAACCCAAAACAUUCUCCUGGAUGCCGUCAUCAACGGCAACUCCGAAGUCACAGUCGGUCGCAAUCCUGGGGCUAAAUUUUCGAAGGCAUCUUCAGUUCCAAGACCAGACUUGAACCUAAACAUGAAUAGUGGAACUGUUAGUAGCCAUCUAGCGGGCAAGCACAGCAUGAGUGCCAUGUCAGGUGUUGGUGACUCAUCCCCAUUUUCGAAAGUUUCGUUUAUGAACCAACCCUCGAAUGGCGGAGUGCAUAUGGCAGAUGUGGAAGUUAGCACAUAUCAGAUUGCGAACACCAAUCACACUGGGAAUGGCAUUGGAUCUCCAAAAUCGACCCACUAUGUCCCAAUGUCCAGAUGCAACAGCAAACAUAACACACCCGCCACUGGCAACGGUGUAAUACAUAACAUGGACAAUGAACUGACUUCACCCACUUCUGAUCUGAAUUCUUGCCAAGACGAGAGCGCCUACUACAACGAAAGCACGUCACAACUGGCCGAAUCCAGAGGGAGCACCAAGGGAGGAAGUGUUAAGCUGGGGGGCUCACUGGGCGGAAGUGGUCGAAGUCGGGGCAACCAGAUGUCGGACGGGACUCGCAACCGGCAGCUGAGGCGACAGCAGAGGAACAUGACGAUAUUUAAGACUAUCAUUGUGCUCGUGUGUGUCUACAUCAUCUGCUGCUGUCCCUUCAGUGUCAUCACCUUCCUUGACCUCGUGUCCUCUGUGUCAGUGCCGAAGUUCUGGUGGGACAUGAGUGUAUGGUUUCUGUACUUGAACAGUGCCCUCAACCCCAUCUUGUACGUCUACCGCAACAUGCCAUUCCGAAACGCCAUCCGAAAGCUAUACAGCUGCUGCCUACCCACACCCGGCAACAACACCAGCAAAGCCACCACACCCACACAACCCCAAACGCCCAGAGCUUAGACAGAAAUAUAGCAAGAAAAACAUACACGGAGAGGGAGACAACCGAACUGCACUCUCAGCUGCUGGAAAAAUGAAUGUUACACGUCUUAAGAUAUGUAUCAACGUGAUGAACAAUUUAACAAACUGAAAGACAUAAAAAUAUGUGGAGAGGGAGAUAAUCAAACAUUCUCUGCUCCUAAAGCAUAAAAAAUCCGUGGAAAAAUUAUUUUCGGACUUAUGUGUAAACGUUUCCAGCCAACUGAUAAUGAACUCGACUCAAAAACCAUCAAUCAAGAAAAAAAUAACGCGCCCCUUCAACAGAAAAAAUUGAAGAAAUUAUGAAUAAUGGGAAAGACGACAUUGAAAUGAAUCAACGAACAAUUGAGCCACUGGAGGGAGGAGAGAUCGAACCCUGUCUCUACUCCUAAAGAAAGAAAACAACUGUAGAAAUUCAAAUACACAUCGAUAAUGUGUUAAUGUGUAUUUUUAACUCUUUUAAA